GGGGCUGGUAUAGUCAGUCUGGCUCUUAAGACCGAGGGCCUACACGAUAAGGAGGCGACCCGCCGCAUAACAAUAACAGCAUCAACUGAACAUGGUGCGUUUUUUGUUCCAGUGAUCUUAGAAACCGCACUAGUCUCGUCGUGAAAUGCGCAUCCGUGCUCCGCGCUACGGGGGGCUUUAUCAGACUUGUGUCGUGCGAACGCGCUGAUCCGCACCGCCGUCACCAGCAGCAGCACGCCGCCGCGGUGUGCGGAGAAGAAAGCAGUGCGUUAAGCCGUGUGAUCAUUGACAGAGUUCAAUACACACUGGCUUCGAGUAGAGCUGGAUCUCUUUCUCUCUACACGGGCGGCAUUUUAAAGGAGCUCCGCCGCGCACGGAUUUAUUACCCAGGAGGUGAAAGGUCUUGUUAUAUGUGGUGUGUGCCUACCUUAAGGACCAUCAUUCAUCAUUUAGGAAUCUGAAUGGACUGACAGCUCAGUUUUGAAACGUGCCGUCAAAUCAAUCCUCGCCUCUUGCCUGAACCUCAUCUAUACAUCGGACAAGUCUUAUUUUCUCCACCGCUGCGGCCCCUAUAGCCCCACCCUCGACCCCAGGCGCCCCCAGCAUGAACGACAUCAGUGUUGUCAGAGAGGGGUGGCUCCACAAAAGAGGUGAAUACAUUAAAACAUGGCGCCCUCGCUAUUUCAUCCUCAAGAGCGACGGCUCCUUCAUUGGCUACAAGGAGAAGCCGGAGGUGUCCAGCGACCACAACCUACCACCGCUCAACAACUUCUCUGUCGCGGAAUGCCAGCUCAUGAAGACCGAGCGGCCCAGGCCCAACACGUUUGUCAUUCGCUGUCUGCAGUGGACCACCGUUAUUGAACGCACUUUUCACGUGGACAGCAACGAGGAGAGGGAGGAAUGGAUGCGGUCGAUCCAGACUGUGGCCAACGGCCUGAAGAGCCAGCACACGGAUGAGGAGCCCAUGGAGAUCAAGUUUGGCUCGCCCAGCGACAGCACCGGCACUGAAGAGAUGGAGGUGGCCAUGUCCAAGUCACGCAACAAAGUGACCAUGAGCGACUUUGAUUACCUCAAGCUGCUGGGUAAGGGGACGUUCGGCAAGGUCAUCCUGGUGAAGGAGAAGGCCACCGGCAUGUACUACGCCAUGAAAAUCCUGCGCAAAGAAGUCAUCAUCGCCAAAGACGAGGUGGCCCACACAGUUACAGAGAGCAGAGUUCUCCAAAAUACAAAGCAUCCAUUUCUAACGACGCUGAAAUAUGCUUUCCAAACACACGACCGGCUAUGUUUUGUAAUGGAGUACGCAAACGGAGGAGAGCUCUUCUUCCACUUAUCAAGGGACCGCGUCUUCACCGAGGACCGGGCUCGGUUCUACGGUGCAGAGAUUGUGUCUGCCCUGGAAUACCUACACUCACGCAAUGUUGUUUAUCGGGACCUGAAGCUGGAGAACCUUAUGCUGGAUAAAGACGGACACAUCAAGAUCACAGACUUCGGUCUGUGUAAAGAAGGCAUCACCGAUGGCGCCACCAUGAAAACCUUCUGUGGGACCCCAGAGUACCUGGCACCCGAGGUCCUGGAGGACAACGACUACGGCCGGGCGGUGGACUGGUGGGGCCUGGGCGUGGUCAUGUACGAGAUGAUGUGCGGCCGGCUGCCCUUCUACAACCAGGACCACGAGCGCCUCUUUGAGCUCAUCCUGAUGGAGGAGAUCCGCUUCCCCAAGAACCUGGCCCCCGAGGCCAAGGCCCUGCUGGCAGGCCUGCUGAAGAAGGACCCCAAGCAGAGGCUUGGAGGUGGGGCUGAGGACGCCAAAGAAGUCACAAACCACAAGUUCUUUACCACCAUCAACUGGCAGGAUGUUGUCGACAAAAAGCUCAUUCCCCCGUUCAAACCCCAAGUGACUUCCGAGACGGACACGCGCUACUUCGACGAUGAAUUCACCGCUCAAACCAUCACCGUUACCCCUCCAGACAAAUAUGACACCCUGGACGCGGAGGACGCUGACCAGCGUACACAUUUCCCCCAGUUCUCCUACUCUGCCAGCAUACGGGAAUGACCCGGUAAAGCUGAGAAUGGGAAGGCAGGCACACACAUCCCCCAACACCCACCCACCCACACACACACACACACACACACACAAACAUACACCCAAACCAACACCCUCAGAAAACACGCACUAGCACUGCUGGGGAGAUCGGCAUGAGGUAAAACGAGAAAACAAAUGGCACAUGUUAAAUUCACACACCGACACACACAAACACACACAUCCCCCACACCAGUACAUCAGUGUGAGAUCAAGACACGGGUCGCCAUCAAGACUCAAACACCAGCCGUGGAUGGGCGGCCUCGUCGGGUUCCGCACGGACCCCCUAGUGGUCCGCCUCUGUUGCUCCGGGCAACAGAGUUUGCGUCGGGCCUCGUCUGCAGGCCCCCUGCUGCACUACAACGGGCACCUCAACGGGCACCUCAACGGGCACCUCACCGGGUCCUCCCCACGGGACUAUAACCAGGUUACGCCUGCAUCUCACCACCUCGUCACCAGCUGAAACAAUGCCACACGCAUGCAUACACACACAUACACACACAAACAUGCACACACACACACCCCUCCAUUCACAUGUAAAAACCUGAAAGGAUUUUUUUUAUUUUAAGUAGAAUGAAAAUUAUAACGGUAAUGUAGAGAUACAGAAUUGAUUUUUGUUUUUCCAUUGAUACGGUUUUAAAUUAAUAUAAAGCCAUAUUUCUUCAAUUUUUUUAUUUAUUUUUUUUUAUUUUUACAAGUGCUCUUUCUGGAACUUGCUGUUACAAAUAUAGUGUGGGACUGUUUCCUACAGGGAGGGAGGGGGAGGGGCACUGGCAGUACCAUCGUUAGGAGCUGGACAGAAUGUGGUGUACCCCUCUACGAGGGACGCCAUCACUUGUGUUUGCACUGUGUUUGUGCAUGUGCGCAUGUGGGAAUGAGUGUGUCGAAGUCUGUGUGUGGGUUUGUUCAUAAAAGUGCAAGAGAAUGUAUGAACAACCAUUUGAUUUUGAAAACAUUCAUUCAUGUCUAUUGAUAAGAUUAUUUUUUUCACCAAAUCCGUUAGAUAAAUAUUGAAAAGUGGGGACACUACAGAGUACAGUCAGUGGUUUCACAGUAAUGGGGUGAUUGAAUACUCAAGAGGUUGAUAGUUUAAAAAUCCGGUCACCUCAUUCAUUCAGUAAUUUCUUGAGAGCGCACAGAACCAUUCACCACCAUUCACCGUCGCUGUUGAACAUGUCUGGGUCCAUUGGCAGCAGCUAAAUCUGCCGGAAUAUCACCUCAAUCAUUUUGUCGGACAUCCGUUUUGUUUUUUGUUGUUCCAUGUCCUAUAUCAGUGUAAUGAUUUGUCUUAUUUCGUAAAAAAUAAGCAUUUGAAUGUCCCCAUAUUUAAAGAAUGACAAAUGGUUCAAUCUUUGCUGUUUUCGCUGUGAUGAGGCCAAAAAUUGACUGAUUGAUUUCCGGAGCGGUUGAACACUUUGAAUGAUUCCACGUGUAAUGUUUUGGUCCUCUUCUUUUGUGUUUUUUUUCUCAUGCUGUGUUUUUGAGUACUUGCAUAUUUCUUUUUUUGCCCAGAAGAUACUAGGGCACUAGUAAGAAUCUUUUUAUUUUUUUGUAAUCCUGAAUGUUUGCUCCGGACAGCAGAUUUAAAACACUCUUGUCAACAUAAGCAUAUAGUAUUCCAUAAUUGCAAGUAUAGAGCAAGGCAUGUCUCUGAACUUUGCAAAAUGAACAUCCUUGUUUUGUUUAAAAAAAAAAAAAUCAUUUUGUUUUAAUUUUUCCAUGUAUUCUUUCAACUUAGGAAGAGACGUCUCUUUUGAGUAUAUAUUAUAUAAUAUAUAUUAAAACAAGUUCUUUCAAA